GGGCGCCUAGGAGAGACUGACCUGGAGGAUGUACAAGGCAAGGAGGCAAGCCUCACUCAAAGUGCGGCGACGGGUCGGGAAGUAUGAGCUCGGGCGGACGAUCGGGGAAGGGACGUUCGCCAAGGUCCGGUUUGCAAAGGACACCGAGUCCGGGGAUCCUGUCGCCAUCAAGAUCCUUGACAAGGCCAAGGUUCAGAAGCACGGGUUGGUCGAGCAGAUUAGACGAGAAAUCUGUACGAUGAAGCUGAUACAGCACCCCAAUGUUGUCCGCCUGCAUGAGGUGAUGGGAAGCAAGGCAAGAAUUUUCAUCGUUCUGGAAUAUGUCACGGGUGGAGAGCUCCAUGAUAUCAUCGCUGCCCGUGGAAGCUUGAAGGAGGAUGAAGCCCGCAGAUACUUUCAGCAAUUGAUCAACGCUGUUGAUUAUUGCCAUAGCAGGGGUGUAUACCACCGAGAUCUGAAGGUACAUCGCCAACCACUCAACCCCUCGGUUCCAAUUUAUGUAUCUGGUUUAGCAAAACAUGAAACUGACAAAUGGAUGUUUUAUGUGUGCCAGCUAGAGAAUUUGUUGCUUGAUACUGCUGGGAACCUCAAAGUCUCAGACUUUGGCUUAAGUGCGAUAUCUGAGCAGGCGAAGGCUGAUGGGUUACUACAUACUACAUGUGGGACACCUAACUAUGUUGCUCCCGAGGUUAUCGAAGAUAAGGGCUAUAAUGGUGCGCUUGCAGACCUUUGGUCUUGUGGGGUAAUUCUUUUUGUGAUGCUUGCUGGGUAUCUGCCUUUUGAGGAUGACAACGUCUCAGCCCUUUAUAAAAAGAUCUCUGGAGCUCAGUUUACUUGUCCCUCGUGGUUUUCUGAUGGAGCUAAAAAGCUGAUUCCCAGGAUUCUGGAUCCCAGUCCUUCUACUCGGAUAACUAUCCCUCAACUAUUAAAAGAUCCAUGGUUCAAAAAAGGGUACAAGUCACCUGUUUUUUAUGAGAAAUAUCAAACUAGUUUGGCUGAUGUUGAUGCUGCUUUCGGAGACUCAGAAGAAAAACAAGUUAAGGAGGAAAUCGAAGGGCAGCCAGCUUCGAUGAACGCAUUUGAGUUGAUAUCACUGAAUAAGGGACUGAAGCUAGAUAAUUUUUUUGAAGCUGAUAAGAAGUACAGAAGAGAAACAAGAUUUACAUCGCAAUGUCCUCCUGAAGAAAUCAUCGGUCGGAUAGAAGAAGCUGCUAAGCCACUUGGCUUUGACAUCCAAAAGAAGAACUACAAGAUGCAAAUGAAGAACCUAGAAGCAGGAAGAAAAGGAAACCUAAAUGUUGCAACUGAGGUCUUCCAAGUGGCUCCAUCUUUGUUUGUUGUUGAGCUGAAAAAGGCAAAAGGAGAUACUCUGGAAUUUCAGAAGUUCUAUAAAACACUCUCUGCGCAGAUAAAGGAUGUUGUUUGGGUUUGCGAGAGUGAGGUUGAAGAAAGAGGCUCCACAUAAGGCAGCUGCAGAGUGUCUUUCUCAGGAAGUAGUAUUUUAGGUUCUCAUGUAUAUAGUUGUCCUUUGUUCCUUGUAGAUUCGUCCGGUGCUCAAUGUAUAUAGAGCUUUAGGCUGGUUCAUGACUUCGUGGUCUAGAAGCAGAUGAAAUAUAUACCAGUAGGUUCAAGUGCCUCUCUUUUUUCCCUUGAAGAAGGAAAGGUUAAAAUUUUGUCUGUGUAGCAUCGAAGUGUACUGAUAUCAAGAUAAAAAAGAAUGAACAUGGGAGGACAAGAACAGGCAAUCGGGACUGAUUUA